GGUUGUGAUUGACAGGCCUUGAGUGCUCCGCCCACCUACCCGCAGUGAUCUACCAACAAUAUCAAACGGAGACAAGAGGGUACUGACCGUCAUGGGGGUUGACGGGAAGCUGGCAGACGAAACACUCGCUUUGGUGCUGCCUGAAUUUGGGGGAAUGUUUUAAAUAUCGUCUGUUCCCAAUGUAACGAGAGGAUUUUUUUUUCUCUCACGGAAAUCAGGUCACCUCUUAAAACUUCCCUGUGAUACGCCAAAGUAUCCAAAAGACAAAGGUCCAGGUGAACUUCAUAACAUUUCAGUAUGAGUGGCCCACAGGAAAAAGUUUGCACAGAAGAGGAAUGAUGGCCAAACUGUAAGAGUUUGAGACUACUUAAAGAUGUGAGUGGGAGGAUACAAGAUGGAGCUAAAAUGGAAGAGUUCCAGAGUAGGACACGGCGAUUGACAUUGGUUGAAAGGAUGAAUGAAGGAGAGUGCUAAUGUUUUAAUCAGCCACAAUAAUGUUAAUAUUAUUGGGCCUAUUGUGUUUUCAUCAAAUUCUCAACACUGUUAUUGCUGUAUUGUUUCCGCCUUUCAAUCUAUCAUAUGAAUCAGAAAACUUCCAUCAUGUCUUGAUGUGGGAAUCAGGAAUGAACAAGUCAUUCCCUACACGCUACACAGUGGAAUACAUUGCUUUAAGCAAAGUUGGUGCAGACGAUGAUUCACUGACCAUGAACCAACAAGAUGAUCAAAGUAAUCCGUGGCUUGCUGUAGAAAACUGUUCACUGAUCACAAGCCGAACAUGUGAUCUAACCAAUGUCUUCACUGAUGUAUAUGAUUCUUACUUUACUCAAGUUAAAGCAGUCACAGAGAUGGAUGAAUCUGAUUGGUCUUCUUCAAUGGAGUUCCAACCAUUUCAAGACACAAAAAUAAGACCAGUUAAUGUUCAAAUCUUGGAGACCCCUGUUGGAGUCCUCAAAAUUAAUUUUGAUUCUCCUGCGACCCCAGCCUGUAUUUAUAGAUUAGGAAUAAAAUCUGUCAUUGAUCUCCACGCAACAUUGUGGUAUCACAUUUCAGUAUUUAAAAAUGGAGAGCUGGAAAAGAAUAGAGAAGUGUUAGGUAGUACAAGGGAAAUUAGUGUUAAAGAAGAGGUUGACAACUUACAACCUGACACACAAUACUGUGUCUCAAUAAAAAUGUUUUCUUCUGAAGAAGAUCAUUCUGACCCCGUGGAAUCAAAAUGUAUACACUCUCAAGGCUUAAGGAAAAAUAAAGUACAUCACGUUCUAAUAGCACUUAUGAUCAUCUUGAUGUUUGGCUUCGCCAUUAUCCUCAUUGUACUAUACAGCGGAGGUUUUCUUGGUUUUUUCAGUAAAUAUGGUCCACAAGCUCUGAAUAAUUUGAAACACAUCCGUCCUGUCUACGCUUGUGAUAAUGUGCAAGAAAAGCUCAGCACUUUGGAACAAGGUUGUUUUAAUGUAAAGAAAAUUGAAAACAUUGAAGAAGACAGUGAAGAAGAGCUAAUGAAUAGUGGUGAGGAAGCUGGCUAUGAAAGUAAUGCACUGAAUAUACCUUUACACAGCACUCGGAGUUGUAGUGCAUCUUCUAAAGCAGAAACAGAUGACACCAACACUAAAUUAUGUGAUGAUCAAUGGUGUGAUUCAGUGCCUGAACAUAUUUUCACUAACUUCAAUGAGUGUCAAAUGACUGCACCAGCUACAAUGCAAACUGAAGGCCCAGAUGUGGAGUCCACGACGCAGACCACCCACAGCAGAAGGAACAGUUCAACCUCUGCAACAAGUAACAUUUCUGAUGUCCCAUUGUGGUCUAUCCAAAUUCAAGAUCUAGACUUUUGCUUUGAAAACUGCUCAAAUGAAAAUUUGUAUGAUCAGAAGGCAGAUGAAUCUGAUAUUACGGAACAUGAUUUGAAUGACUUGGUGUCUAAAGUUUCUGAAAAUACGGUAACUUAUGAAUAUGAAAAACCCAGUGCCUCUUUUAUACCAAGUAGUUCAUCACUUCCCCAGGCUUUGCAUGCUGAUAUAAGAUGUUGAUGUAUAUUUUUGCAUGAGAUGUGAUAAUUACUUCUGCAAAAUUGUUCAGAAUAUCCUCAGCUUGGAAUGGCAAAAACAUUGCUGCUUGGUGUUUUCAGUGUCUUCAGCUGAACAUUUUCAAGUGAUGGAACUUCUCUUUUGGAUCUUAAUAUAACUGCCCAAAGUACUGAAAGCUGCUGUGAGGAUUUGUAAUAUCUAAUUCGGCUUAGCAAAACCAACAAAUGUUGAGUAUUGAUUGUUUCAUGCAACCCCAUUGAACAUUUGAUUAUUAUUUCAAUUUCAGCUUGGUACUGGCAUAUUUUAUCCAGCUGUAUGUUUUUAGUUGAUCUGCUAAAGCUUCGGAUCAGAGGGAAAAGAUUAUAAGUAACUUGUUACACCUAGAAAGAAAAAAUGUUCUUUAGAUAAGUAAUAAGCUGCUGCAAAGUAGUAAAAAGUAUUGAUGAGAUGGACAUGAGAAGACUAUUUCUUAUGAUUGCUGCUAUCAGCUAGAAUAAUGAGUGCACUUGCGCAUGAAAAUGGCACUGCAUUGCAACAUAGUCCAGCGAUGGAACAGGAGCUGGCUAUCACAAAUUGGUCAGAGAUGUAGGAACUGCAGAUGCUGGAGAAUCUGAGAUAACAAGGUGUAGAGCUGGAUGAAUACAGCAGGCCAAGCAGCACCUUCCUGCUCCUGCUUGGCCUGCUGUGUUCAUCCAGCUCUACACCUUGUUAUCACAAAUUGGUAUUCCUUUUACCAAUUGUCAUCCUGAAAUAUGAUGAAAAACAAAAUAAAGGUUUUCUGAAGCUGAGGAAAGGAAAUGAGAAUUCCCUAAAACCAGAAUAAUCAAAUGAUCUGAAGUGACACUUUUAUAAUUGCAUUUUCAUGCAUUGCAAUUGAGUUGAAUGGUCUUUCACACCCCUGGAUUUUCCUGUCUGUGUACAUUCUGUAUUUAUUUGUGGCAAUCCAGAAUAUAUUAAAUACAUUUUUGGUCAUUUUUAAAA